AUAUAUUAUGUUUUCCUAACGUAUUAUAGGAAAAUGCCGAGAGCUAAAAAUAAGUGUGUGGCUGGAUGCGUAGGAGCGCGACGUUUUUUCAAUUUCCCCAACAAGGAGAAGGAUGGAUCCAGGUUCGUAAAUAAUUUUAAUUAGUAGAAAAAUAUAGUUAUUUAGUGAAAUUUAGAAAUAUUUUUUCAUAAAUUGUGCCUAUUUUGAUAUUGUUUUAGAUGCAAUUUAUUGCAUGAUAAAAAAUAUAUCAUACUUGCGAAAUGUAAUGUAAUUUAGUAAAUAGUAUUGUAAUAUCACUGUCCAACAAAUGAAGACUUUUUGAAUGGAACAGAAUAGCGACCCCAUAAUUCUGAAAGGGUAUGUUGAGUAGAUCAUUUUUGUAGAACAAACUUAUAGUCCAGUACGUCUGAGUUCUUUUAUACAGUGGGUCAAAGUUUUCAUUUUUUUGUUGAAGGGAGCAUUAUACUAUAUGAAAAAAAUGUUGUAAGUUAAUGUCUGAGAGAAUUCUUAUGGUCAGAGUUGUAUUGUGGAAUUGUAUGAGGAUUAUUUUUGUGGAAGAUCUUAACCCUCUAACUGGUUUCUUUAUGGGUCAAUUUGACCCUUUUUUCGAGAAAAUCAAAAAAUAUCCUUUAAAAAAGGACAUUUAAGGAUUAAAAUAUUCUACGAAAAUGUUUGGCGUUAAAUUUCAGUGGGGGUCACCAAAGACACCAUUGUUGUAAAUAAAGCUCUUUACGAUUGAUAAAAAAAUUACACGCCAACAUAUACAAAGUAGGUGAAAACGUCGUCAAGUUCGGCCGGGCCAAACACUGAGUUCUCGCGUCUAGUCAGCUGUGACUUACAAAUCGGGUGUGAUAAAAUUAAGUAAUUAAUUGACUUACUAAGCAGUACAUAUCGGGUGUGAUUUUUACCAAAAUUAAUAUAAAAAAAGAACGAUUAAAGCUUAAAUAAGCAUGGCGGAUUCUGUUUGCAAAUUAAGAGAUUGGUUUUGCUUUAUUUGUGGACAUUUUACGCACCUUCAAAGCAGAAGAAAGAUAUUCCCUACAAUUGAAGACCCAUAUUUUCUUUUCUUUGGAAUACGAUUUUUAUGUGAAGCUUGGAUACCAAAAACUGUAUGUACUACUUGCGAAAGUGGUCUUCUGACCUGGUACAAAGGCGGUACUAAGGCGCUGCCAUUUUCUGCGCCUAUUGUAUGGAUUGAACCUGAAAAUCAGAUACAUGCUAUUUCUGCGUAAAUUACAAAUUUGGUAGAAGCCAAAGGCACUACGCGAUAAUGACAUACGAAGCAACAAAUAAUGUCAUUUUACCAGAAGUGCGCUGUGAAGGUGUUCCGCUGCCUCAACCGCCUACACAUACAUUUUCGGCCAAUAUGACAUACGCCAAUACAGAAAUAACAGCGGCGGUUGAAAACAUAUCAGAUAUAAGUUACUUGGCUCCUGGUGGUUUAAACAUAUGUCCUAAUUUGAUAGACCAAGCUUAUUUUGAAGAUCUUGUAAGAGAUUUAGGACUAACAAAAGAGAAAGCUGAAAUAUUAUGUUCCAGAUUGAAAAACAGGAAUUUGAUAAAAGCCGAUGUAAAAGUUACAUCGCCAAGAAAAAGACACGCCGAUUUGGAAAGUUAUUUUAAAAAAUCAGAAGAACUUGUAUACUAUUGCAGUAUUGAAGAGGUUCUAAAAUAUCUAAAGCUUCCACUGGACUCUUCCGCUUGGCGACUAUUUAUAGAUAGUUCAAAACACAGCUUAAAAGCAGUUUUACUGCACAAUGGAAAUCAGCAUCCAUCAAUACCGGUUGCGUAUUCCACAAAAAAGGAGGAAACAUACGCAAAUAUUUCAAAUCUCUUAAAUAAAAUUGAAUACUAUAAAUAUAAAUGGGAAGUAUGCGCAGACUUCAAAAUGAUUGCAAUAUUGACUGGAAUGCAAACAGGAUACGCAAAAUAUAUGUGCUUUCUUUGUAAAUGGGAUUCACGUGCUACCAGCAGCCAUUAUCAUAUUAAAUAUUUCGAAGAACGUAAAGAAAAUAUUAUUGGUGACUUAAAUGUAAUCCAUGAAUCUCUUGUCCCAAAAGAUAAGGUCAUACUUCCCCCGCUGCAUAUUAAGUUGGGCGUGGUGAAAAAUUUUAUUAAAAGCUUAAAUACACAAGGAUAUGCUUUCAAGCGCAUUCAAACAAUUUUCCCCAGAUUAUCUGCAGCAAAAUUAAAAGAAGAUAAAAUACGGUUUGCUUGCUGAAUACGUUUGAGGCUUGUACAGAAACCUUGACACAUCGGGACAUUCACGUCAAGCUAAAUACAGGAAAGCAUAUUAAGUUUAAUCUUUAAUCCAUUGUCCUACUACUGCUGAAGCAAAAAAAUAAAUAUGUACAUACCAUAAUAAACCACUAUUAAAACAAAAUUAUAAUUUUUUUAUCAAUCGUAAAGAGCUUUAUUUACAACAAUGGUGUCUUUGGUGACCCCCACUGAAAUUUUCCGCCAAACAUUUUCGUAGAAUAUUUUAAUCCUUAAAUGUCCUUUUUUAAAGGAUAUUUUUUGAUUUUCUCGAAAAAAGGGUCAAAUUGACCCAUAAAGAAACCAGUUAGAGGGUUAAGAUCUUCCACAAAAAUAAUCCUCAUACAAUUCCACAAUACAACUCUGACCAUAAGAAUUCUCUCAGACAUUAACUUAGAACAUUUUUUUCAUAUAGUAUAAUGCUCCCUUCGACCAAAAAAUGAAAACUUUGACCCACUGUAAAAAAAAAAAACUCAGACGUGCUGGACCAUAAGUUUGUUCUACAAAAAUGAUCUACUCAACAUACCCUUUCAGAAUUAUGGGGUCGCUAUUCUGUUCCAAAAAUGCUG